AUGUCGGGCAACCGAAACUAUGAUUUCCUAAUCAAGCUCCUGCUCAUCGGCGACUCUGGCGUAGGCAAGUCAUGCUGUCUGCUGCGCUUCAGCGAGGACUCCUUCACGCCAUCCUUCAUCACCACCAUCGGUAUCGACUUCAAGAUCAGAACGAUUGAGCUAGAUGGCAAGCGUGUCAAGCUACAAAUCUGGGACACCGCCGGUCAGGAGCGCUUCCGUACCAUCACCACCGCCUACUACCGUGGUGCCAUGGGCAUACUGCUUGUCUAUGAUGUUACCGACCAGAGGUCUUUCGAUAACAUCCGCACCUGGUUCGCCAACGUAGAGCAGCACGCUACCGAAGGCGUCAACAAGAUUCUCAUCGGCAACAAGUGCGACUGGGAGGACAAGAGGGUCGUUUCCACGGAAACCGGCGAGGCCCUCGCCAAGGAGCUCGGCAUUCCUUUCCUCGAGGUAUCCGCCAAGAGCAACAUCAACAUCGACAAGGCGUUCUACUCGCUCGCUGCCGACAUCAAGAAGCGCAUCAUUGACACGUCAAAGGACCAAUCCGCCACUGGAGCAACCGGAGUAACUGUCGGUGGCCAAGGGGAAGCCAGUGGCAGCAAGUGCUGCUAG